CUAGUUGCUCCAACUAGCGUCGCCAUGCCGGGCGCUGUCGGUUUAGUAGCAUCUCUUGACCCGCAUUAUUGGCCCCGGGGAACACUAGUGCAUUUGCGAGGAGUGAUAUCGGUCCAUUGAACCUCGUUCUGGAAAGUUUUCGCACCCUGGCGAAGAGACGGCGCAAUCUAAGACAGAUACAGGCCAACGGUUCCUUCAUCACUCCACUCUCAUGUCAAAGUCGUGAUGACGACCCUUGAAGGAUGCGAGGCGCGCGAUUCGUGUCGUCUUUCACUUCUGCAUAAAAAGAUAUGGUAAACUGACGAUAACGUUGGAGAUCGUGAGGCCUGUAGAGAUACACUCAGACGCCACAUUCGUUAUCUACAAUGCUUACAAGAGGUACAAUCGCCUUGAAACACGUUAGGAGACGUUUGCGCGCUUCAACGAUAAAUUUUCAAGUCGGAGAACUGCGGUGCGUGCGAUCCAUAGGUACGCUAUGUCUUGAUGUUCGAAGCCCCAGAUACCUGGGUUGGGAACUGAUUGCAUCCACUCUCAUCAAUACCCAUCAUCUGACCUUUUCCUCCCGCAGCCUCAUGUGCUCGUCCUUGCCCUUUCCCUGUCUUUCCCGGAUAGUUUCAUCCUCCCCGUCAACCCGACAGCCCCAAGACCCAAAAAUAUCACCACAAUUCUCCGAUGCCAAUUGUCCGUCAAAGGAUCCGUCUGAACUCACUUACCACAGAAUGGAGAUCUCCGUAAUUCCAUGCCUUCUUUUCCUUCGUACUCGUUCCUGUCACUUCGAAGGGAUCUCAUCUUAUGGACAUAAGAGAACAAGCUUACCAGGACUACGUAAAACUUCUAGAACCCUUUGAGAAGCCAGGCUUCGAGCGAAGGGUUCGUGGGCUCUUUUAGAGAAUGCGCGAGUGCAAACGUCACUACUCAAAACGGCAUGUUAUUACUCACAGA